AUGUCGUUUUACAUAGGAUACGAAGCUCACGCCGCCCUCUGCUGGGCUCUAUCCAUCUCCCUCUGUAUUCUGGCGAAACAUCAUGACGGGAUCGCACGCACCAUUCGGCCGAUGGAUCUCUACCGCCCACUCCCAAACCUCCUCCUCCUCGGAACUCUGGAUACCUUGAACCUGGGGUAUUUCCUCGCAUCGGUCCUGGUCCUCGUCUUCGCCUCCCUGUGCACAUUCCCACCGGUUUUAUGGUACCUCAUCCCCACGGGCAUCAUCACUGCCCUGGGGCUCUCUCGCCUCACCUCAAGCCAACUGUCCCCCCUCUUCCCGGCACCAAUCAACGUCGACGUCCUCCUGUGGGACGAGUACGGCCACCUCCCUCCGGCCCACAGCAUGAACUACCGCGGCGACAUCAGUUCUGGUAAGAUCCUCCUACUCCGCAGCAAGGGGAUCGAACCCGAACUCUGGAGCCGCGAAAACAGCCCCGACCCACCCCGGGUCAUACGCGCCCGCGAACAGAAGGCUUUCGACGAAAAAAGACUGGCUGCGAGCCUCAAAUGGGAGGCACUCAAGGCAGCGCUGAGGGCCCGACGGGAGAGGGAGGAGCUGGAGUACGCCCGUAAGAAGUUGCACGCUGCCGUGAAGAGGGCUGCUGAGAACUCUGAGCGCCAGCGUGUGAGGAGAGAGCUUGAGGAGCAGUGGGAUAUGAGUUGGGAGCCGAAGCGGGUGCCUCGCAGAGUUAGGGGUUAA